AUGCCCAAGAAGCUCGCCAAGUCCUCCACCUUCUCCACGAUAGCCUCCUCCGCCUCCGACCUGUCUACAGCCUCGACCAUCCCCAACCUCCCCUCGAUCCUCACCGACGGCGGCCCUCUGCCCAAGCUCUUCGUCUUCGACCUCGACUACACCCUGUGGCCCUUCUGGGUCGACACGCACGUGAGCGGCAGCAGCCUCAAGCCCGUGCCGGGGUCCAACAACACCGCAGUCGCAGACAAGGUGGGCGAGCACUACUCCUUCUACGGCGAGGUCCCCUCGGUCCUGUACGCCCUGCCGCAGCUGGGCAUCCGCGUCGGCGUCGCGAGCCGCACCUGCGCGCCCGACCUGGCCCGCGAGAUGCUCAAGCUGCUGUACGUGCACCCGCCGCCGCCGCCACCGCAGGAUGAGGGCAGUGGCAAGAAGAAGUCCUCGGCUGGCAAGACCCGCAAGGCCAUUGACCUCUUCGACGCUGGACUUGAGAUCUACCCCAGCUCCAAGCUACGCCAUAUGGAGGCUCUGCACAAGCGCACUGGUCUUCCGUACGAGGAGUUCCUCUUCUUCGACGACGAGAGCCGCAACCGUGAUACCGAGAGCUUGGGCGUGACUAUGUGCCUUGUGCGCGACGGCGUCACAUGGGCUGAGGUUGCGAGGGGUGUCGCCGAGUGGCGCCGCCGGAGGGCAGCCUCGGCGGAUGGUCAGGCUGAGUGA